AUGGGCAGGCCAGAGGAAGAGCAGUAUCAGCGGACGAUAGACAUCCUGUGUCAGGAGAGCCAGACUCCUCAGGAAGAACUCACCGAUGACAUGGCUAUGGCGGAUCUGCUGACGGAUCCUUUGCUUUCGGUGGCCAUUAGCGCGCGAUUGAAGAAAGAGCUGCAGCUCGAUUUCAGCGCUGAUGACUUGGUCAAUUUGAGAGCUAUUGGCGAUCUGAAGACGACCUUGUUGGGGAGUGGAAGACAAGAAGUACCUCCUUUGUCAUUGACAACGUCACCAUCGGAUUACUCCGAUUCAAGACUUCCCUCGACACCAGAGGAUCUGGCCAUUCCAAUGCGAUCCACCUCGAUGGCAAAUGGAGGAAUGAAGUCAACAGAGUCGCUCCACUCGCCAAUGAUCGGCACGCCUGUGGAGAGAAUAGCACGAUUAGGAACGCCUUCGUCUACUUCCAUGGCCACACCUUUAGAAGAGCUCGAGCCGUGGGCGGUGACACCGCCUCCGAUAUCACGCGAGCCAUCGCCUUCGAUUCGAUACACCACGUCACGCGAUGCAUCACCUGCGAUGCCGACAGCGACUUCCGUAGUCAUGCAGGGCCGGCCGGGGACGGCGUCCUGGGCAGUCUUUUUAUUCCCCGAUGGAUCAGGGAGCGAGCGGUCGUACGUCAACCUCCCUCGUAUUGCCCUCGAUGUGGUUGUUUAUGGAUUACAGUGUCCCUUCCUCAAACGACCAGCUGAUAUGAUGUGUUCAUGGGAUGGCCUGGUCGAAACUUACAUCACGGAGAUCCAAAGACGUCAGCCUCAGGGUCCAUACGAUUUCGCUGGAUAUGCCGCGGGAGGCGCUCUCGCCUUUCGUGCAGCGCAGCUUCUGGUUGCUCGAGGGGAGAAAGUCAAUAGUAUGACACUCAUCAAUAGUCCGGUGCCCGAGACCUUAGGCCAUUUAUCAGAUGAGCUGUACGAGUACAUCCGCUCAGUGCGCGACUGGAGGUACGGAGGGCAUAUUCCAGAAUGGGUGCUGCCACAUCUCAAGGCUUUCACCAAGGUCCUGAAUUCGUAUCGGCAAAGUAGGUGUGGCAUUGGCGCAGUGAAGAACGUGCGGAUCCUGUGGGCUGGACGCGGAGUUCCCGACGAAGCUCCGCCACCACCUCAUGCGCUUUCUGACGGGGAGAAAAGCGUCAUCAGGUUUCUGACAGAGGCGAGGCGUGACUUUGGGCCUGGUGGAUGGGAGGUGUUGUUGCCCGGCAGUGAAAUCUGGUGCGGAAAGCUCGAUGCAGACCAUUUCGAGAUGAUGAGCUCCGAAUAUGCGCCGCAGAUUUCUAUUUGCAUUGCAGAGGCCCUGCAGUAG